ACGAGACUAUUAUCAAACUAGGUAAUUUGAGAAACCAACUCCCACAGUAUUUUUGUUUCGACUUUUGAGGAAACCCCGCGAAAGUAUGGUAGAAGUCAGCUUACUUCGUCGUUGAUUCUCCAUUGAUCGGUCAUUGAAGACUUUCUCAUUCAAGCAGAAUUAAGGAGAGGAACCAAUCGCACCCAGUCUCCGAAGUUUGUAUCAACGCUAUGGAUCUAACCAAACCACUCCGCUGCAUCGUGAAACUGGGGGGUGCGGCCAUUACUUGCAAAAAUGAAUUGGAAACGAUACACGAAGAAAAUUUGGCCACGGUUUCGUCUCAUCUGAGGAAAACUAUGGUUAGUGGCUCUUCUUUUGAAGGUAUUAUUGGAAUGGAUUGGAGCAAGCAGCCUGGAAAAUCCGACAUUGCAUGUACUGCAGAUGAUUUCAGAGAACAUGAAGUUGGCCUUGCGAGUCCCUUUAUAGUUGUUCACGGAGCUGGUUCUUUUGGGCAUUUUCAGGCAAGUAAAUCAGGGGUUCAUAAAGGAGGACUUGAUAGAUCCUUAGUGAAGGCUGGAUUUGUUGCCACACGUAUAUCCGGGAAUCUCUCAACCACCUUUUCUGUAGGUGUUCUUAUGCUUAUUUCUACUGCUGCAAGCUGCCCAGUGUAUUCAACUUUCUGUGGGUUACUUCGCUCAAUCUCCAAAUUGUUAGAUCACUUGCAAGAGAUGGAUGCAGUUGAUUUAUGUGGGGUUUCUAAAGCUAUUAACUCCGGAUUUGUUCCUGUUCUGCAUGGAGAUGCCGUUUUUGACAAUUCCCUGGGGUGCACCAUAUUAAGCGGAGAUGUAAUAAUACGACGUCUUGCAGAGCAACUGAAGCCUGAUUAUGUUGUGUUCCUUACAGAUGUUUUAGGUGUAUAUGAUCGUCCUCCAACAGAACCUAAUGCAGUCCUUUUGAGAGAGAUUGCUGUGGAUGAAGAUGGUCGUUGGUCUGUUAUACAACCUAUACUGCAUAAUGCUAACACUGAAGUUGAGGUAAGUGUAGCCGCCCAUGAUACAACUGGGGGAAUGGUGACUAAGAUAUCAGAAGCAGCAAUGAUUGCAAGGCUUGGCAUUGAAGUUUACAUUGUAAAGGCAGCAACAGUCCACUCCUUGAGAGCUCUAAGCGGGGAAAUCCGAGGCAAAAUUCCAGUUGACUGGCUUGGGACGGUCAUUCGAUUUUCAGGAUAAGACCUCGAUCAGGUACAUCACAUUGACAUUGCUGUUGAUUGAAGUAUCCAGUUUUCUGAUUGUUGGAAAGCGAUUAUUGGAAUCUACUUUGUGCCAGUUUCUGAAAUUGGACUAAACAGGAAUCGUCUUACUUUGAUGAGAACUGGUAUUUGUUUAUUGCUUCUUAAAUGUUGUACACUUAUUUUUCCACGGAAACAGAACUGAAGUAAGCCAUGUUUGUACUAAGUGCAAAGUAAUUUGCCUCUGCCAAAGCAAUUGAAUGGACAUUGUAAGUUAUUAUGAAUGCAUAUUUUCAUUUAGAGACUGAGCUUCAA